ACUCGGGACGUUUCCCAAGAACGGAUCAGCUUGGGGACCAGAUUUUCAGAACGGAAGAGGAGCAGGUUGCAGACAUGAGUGACGAAUCAAACGGGAAUCCCAUUGAAGAUAGCCUGCUUCAGCUGAGAUGCCACUUCACCUGGGAGCUGCUAGUUGAAGACACUGAGAUGCCCGAUUUAGAGAACAGGAUCUUGGAUGAGAUUGAGUUCCUAGACACCAAAUACAACGCGGGCAUACACAACCUGCUGGCCUACGUCCGACACCUGAAAGGCCAGACUCGGGAGGCCCUGGGGAGCCUGAAGGAAGCCGAAGACCUGAUCCAGCAGGAACACGGCGACCGAUCGGCUGUGAGAAGCCUGGUCACCUGGGGCAACUACGCCUGGCUGUAUCACCACAUGGGCAGGCUGGCGGAGGCCCAGACUUACCUGGACAGGGUGGCGAACACUUGUGAGAGGUUUGCAGCCCCCUCCUGCUACAGGCUGGACUGUCCUCAGAUGGACUGUGAGGAAGGGUGGGCCUUGCUGAAGUGUGGAGGAAAGAACUACGAGCGGGCCAAGGCCUGCUUCGAAAAGGCUCUGGCAGCGGAGCCUGAGAACCCCGAAUUCAGCACUGGGUAUGCAAUCACCAUCUAUCGCCUGGACGGCUUCAACAAAGCGACCCAGGUCAGCGACGCAUUUUGUCUGCAGCCUCUAAAAGAGGCCAUCAGGCUAAACCCAGAAGACGCGUAUAUCAAGGCUCUGCUCGCCCUGAAGCUUCAGGACGUGGGCCAAGAAGCCCAAGGAGAAAAGUACGUCGAAGAGGCACUGACCAACAUGUCCUCGCAGACCUACGUCUUUCGAUACGCGGCCAAGUUUUACCGCAGGAAAGGCGCUCUGGAUAAAGCUCUUCAGCUCUUAAAGAGGGCCCUGCAGGCCACGCCCUCCUCCGUUUUCCUGCAUCACCAGAUGGGGCUUUGUUACAAGGCACGCAUGAUCGAAAUCAAGAGAGCGGCAAACUGGCAGCCCAGAGGACAGGAUAGAGACAAUGUCCACAGAUUGGUUCGCUUGGCUAUACGUGAAAUUCAAAAGACUCUGAUGCUAAGGCCCACAUUUGAGUUGGCUUAUGUUGAACUGGCUUACAUGUAUGCAGAAAUAGGCCAACACACAAAGGCUGAGGACGCCUUUCAGAAAGUGUUGCACAUGAAGAACAUCAACGAUCAUCUGCAACAAGAGAUUCAUUACUGCUAUGGCCAUUUCCAAGAACUUCACAAGAUAUCUGUGGAUAAAGCAAUCACCCAUUAUUUAAAAGGUCUCAAAAUAAGAAGCAUCUCCCGCACCAGGGAAAAAAUUCUCAGCGCCCUAGAGAAGUUAGCUAAAAGACGUAUUCAUCAGAAUGUACGUGUGGUGGAAAGUUUCAGCAUCCUUGGGCUCAUCCACAAAUUGAAAGGGGAAGUGAGUGAGGCCCUGGUGUGUUAUGAGAAGGCUCUCAGGCUGGCUGCUGACUCCAAUGCCAUGGUCUGAAACAGAGGUCACCAUUACUUGUUUAAUGUCAUAACUAAAUAUAGCCAACACCUUCCUGAUCGCUGCUUUCAGGAACAUGUGACAUGCUGAAAUACAAGAGUUGAUACAACACAGGCUGUGCUGCCUGCUGAGUGCCGCCCCCCCCCCACCAUUUUCUUUCCCCUCCUGUCCAUGUGUAACACAUCCCUGUACUCAUUGGCCAAGGUCAGUUGAUGCUUUUGGGGGCACCUAUCACCUGCUAGGCCAACAGAAGCUCUUUUCCCUAUGGCUUUGCAUGGGGAAAGGGUGCAUGGGUGGCUUCCGUCCUCCAUCUGCCUGGUCUCCGAAACAGAGGAGUCUUAAACAGGGAAGAUUUCAGCCCCUCCUGGGCCCAGCACACCGGUCACACGCCAGUGUAGCUCUGUGCACACACCCCUGUCUCUGUAGGAGCACACACACAGGACGUCCGUGCCUUGGUCCGAAGACACUUCCGCUGGUUGGCUCACACACUCAAAGCAUGAAUUCCUGGAGACAGUCAUCCUGAGCCAAGAGCAUGGGCUGCUCAUAUACACAUGCACCACGUGUAUCUCUCUCCACACACACUGAUUCUGGAGCUCACACAGGCCCAUUCCUGCGGACUUGUGCACAUACACAUUCUGUAUUUGGAAAAUUCCUGACACUGUAACCCAGUCAGAAGUUUAAAAAAAAAAA